AUGGAAAAAUGCAAUUUCACGGUGGUGAAAGAAUUCAUUCUGCUGGGAAUCACAGAUCGCCCCGAGCUCCAGGCUCCACUGUUUGCAUUAUUCCUGCUCAUCUACCUCAUGUCAGCAGUGGGCAAUCUGGGCAUGAUCCUCCUCACCAGGAUGGAUGACAGGCUACAAACACCCAUGUACUUUUUUCUCAGACACCUGGCUAUUACAGAUCUCGGCUAUUCCACAGUUGUGGGACCCAAAAUGUUAGUGAACUUUGUUGUGGAGCAAAACACAAUCUCCUAUAAUUUUUGUGCUAUACAGCUCUCCUUCUUUCUUGUAUUUAUUAUCAGUGAGCUAUUCAUUUUGUCAGCCAUGUCCUAUGACCGUUACGUGGCCAUCUGUAAGCCACUGCUCUACACUGUCAUCAUGUCACAAAAGAUAUGUCAGGUGUUGGUAGGAAUCCCCUACCUUUAUUGUACAUUUGUGUCUCUUCUUGUCACCACCAAGAUUUUCACUUUAACCUUCUGUGGCUACAAUGUAAUCAGUCAUUUCUACUGUGAUAGUCUCCCUUUGUUAUCUUUGCUCUGCUCAAACACACAUGAGAUUGAAAUGAUUAUUCUAGUCUUAGCAGCUUUUAAUUUAGUUUCCUCUCUUCUGGUGGUUCUUGUCUCUUACUCCCUCAUACUUGUUGCUGUUCUCAGGAUGAAAUCGCCUGAGGGCAGACACAAGGCUUUCUCCACUUGUGGAUCCCACCUGACUGUGGUCACAGUGUUCUACGGGACUUUAAUAUUUAUGUAUGUGCAGCCCAAGUCCAAUCAUUCUUUUGAUACUGAUAAAGUAGCUUCUAUAUUUUACACACUGGUUAUUCCCAUGUUGAAUCCCUUGAUCUAUAGCUUGAGGAACAAGGAUGUAAAAUGUGCUCUACAAAGGACAUUCAAAAAAGUAUGUGGCGCUGUUUACUGA